UCUAGUGAAUCAGAUGAUAUAAUAACGGAAUUCUAACCUAACUUAACCUAAAAUACAAAAUUGUGUAUGAUUGAAAUUGUAAUGAAAGUGAUUUGUAUUUUUCCAAGUUCUUAGCUAUAAAAAAUGGCUACUGUGAAAUUCGGAAAGCACUUAAAAGAGUUGAGGAUCCUCCUCUGUCAAACGUCCAAAUCUAGUCAAGGCGUUAGAGACUUCAUCGAGCAACAAUAUGUACCAUUAAAGAAAAAUAAUCCAAGAUUUCCCGUUUUAAUCAGGGAGUGCUCGUCGAUUGAGCCGAAGCUGUAUGCACGUUACGAAUAUGGCAUAGAACGUUGCGUGCCUCUAUCAAAUCUGAAGUCCGAAGAGAUACUUGGAAGGGUUCAAGAAUUGGCAUCUCAAAAAUAGAUAUAUUUUAUUGUG